GAACACUGACUGCUCUUCACUUUUUUGCAGAAGCACUGGAACUUGACAUUGCCUAUGAGAUAAACCUUCAUGUCAAAGUGAAAAUUUAUUUCUAAAAAGAUUUAUAUGGUUAUCUUUAUUUUGUGUGCAUGCAUGUUUGUGUCUGCAUCAACUAUGAGCUCUUUGAGAAUGCAGUGCCUGCAUUGGCCACUAAAAGAUGUGACAAGGUAGAAGCACUGGCAUCAUUUUCCUAGAAAUGUUCCUGGACUCUCAUGAAGCACAACUCCAGGCCAAAUAUCCUUACCCAUAAUGCUGCCUAUUCAAUGAUUAUGAAGGCAUGUCAACAAUACAUAUAUGUGUGCUGAGGCAUUUUGACACCUUACAAUAGUGUACAUUGUAAGUAAUAUUUUUUUCUGGCAUUAACUUUGAGAAAUUCUUGUUCUGUAGUCUAGGCUGGGAUGUUACUCCUGAGACCUAAGGAACAUUCUGAUUUAGUUUCUCUGUAUAUCUUUGUAUUACUAAUACUUUUCAUUCAUUUUGACCAGAGAAAUGGCUUUGACUAUUGUCUAAAGAGAAUCAUGCCAGGUCAUAGAAUAGACUUCUGGAAAUUGGCCAUCAAAAUCAUUUUCUUGUCACAAACUACAGCUGGAAUUCUGGGAAAUUUUUCUCUUCUCUACUACUAUCUAGUUCACUAUGGAGAGAGCAAACUAAAGCCCACAGAUUUGAUUCGCAUGCACCUAAACACCGCCAAUGCUUUGAUCAUUCUCUCUUCAGGAGUGCCAAAUACAGUGGCAGCUUUUGGGUUGAAGCAGUUUUUAAAUGAUCUUGGGUGCAAAUUAAUUUUGUACAUUCAGAGAGUGGGCAGGACUGUGUCCAUUGGCACCACCUGCCUCUUGAGUGUUUUCCAAGCCAUCACCAUCAGUCACAAGGAAUGUUGCUGUAAGGAUCAAAAAAUCAAAGCUUCAAAGUACAUUGGCUGCUCCAUUGCCCUCCUCUGGGUUUUAUACAUGUUGAUAAAUGUCGUUUUUCCUGUGUACCCACUUAUUGAAAGGAAUAGUAAAAAUCAGACAAGAAAAAGAGAUUUUGGAUACUGUUCCACUGUAGAGAGUAAUGAUAUCAAUGAUUCACUCUAUUCAGCACUGGUGGUGUGCCCUGAAAUCUUCUUUUCUUUGCUCAUGGCCUGGUCUAGUGGUUACAUGAUUGUCAUUCUGUACAGACACAAACAGAGGAUUCAACACAUCCGUAGCACUCGAGGUUCCAGUAGAAUCUCUUUUGAGUCCAAAGCCACCCAGAGGAUCCUGGCCCUGGUGUCUACAUUUCUGGCUUUUUAUACUCUCUCCUCCAUCUUACAAGGCUGUGUAGCUCUUUUGUAUAUUCACAGCUGGUGGCUGGUGAACAUCAAUAUCCUCACUUCUCUAGGUUUUCCCUGUUUUGCACCAUUUGUUCUUAUAAAUUGUUAUUCUGUGGUUCCUAGACUCAGUUUGGCCUGGAUAAGGAAUAAAAUCUUUAAUUCUUAUUUUAAUUAUGUAAAUGAUAUUUUUUUGUGGUAUCCAGGUGUUUACCAUCUCCAUCACAAUAUCAGUACAGAAAGUGAAGGAGUUAGUGUCUUGUCUUUUAACAAUUAA